AUGCACUUGUUACCGAACAAAACACACGUUAAACUAGAACUGACUGAACACGGUAAUCCAUGUUAUGAUCGUGAAUCAUUAGCACCGCAACGAUGUGUGCCCGACUUCAUCAAUGCGGCAUUCAAUCUCGAAGUAGAGGUCACGAAUACUUGUGGUGUACGAUAUCCCACAAAGUUCUGUGUCCAGUCGGGUCAUUCGGGUUUGCGGAGUGUCUGCGAUACGUGCGAUGACCGGCAUCCGGCAUUUGCGCAUCCGGCUCGUUACCUCACCGACUUUAAUAAUGCUAAUAAUGAAACAUGGUGGCAGUCAGAGACUAUGAAUGAACAUAUGCAAUAUCCAAAUAGUGUGAAUCUCACACUAACUUUAGGAAAAACUUUUGACAUUACCUAUGUUAGGUUAAAGUUUAUCUCCCCACGACCUGAGUCUUUCGCAAUAUACAAGAAGACAUUAUUAGAUGAUGAGUGGGUGCCGUGGCAAUUCUACUCCGGAUCAUGUCGUGCUACGUAUGGUCUUCCUGACAAAGCUCCAAUUCUUCCGGGCAAUGAAGCAGUUGCUCAGUGCACAAAAGAAUUCUCCGAUAUUUCACCAAUCACUGGAGGAAAUAUUGCGUUCUCUACACUCGAAGGAAGACCGUCAGCACAUGCUUUUGAAGACAGCGAUGUUUUGCAGCAAUGGGUGACUGCAUCAGCCAUCAAAAUCGUCUUGAAUCGAAUGAACACGUUUGGUGAUGAAGUGUUCGGCGAUCCACAAGUAUUGAGAAGUUACUACUACGCGAUAUCCGAUUUUGCUGUCGGAGGCAGGUGUAAAUGCAAUGGGCAUGCAUCGGAAUGUGUCCGUUCCUCGAGUGUAGAUGGUGAAAACAGACUAGUUUGUCGCUGCGAACACAACACUCAAGGAGCUGACUGUGAUCAAUGCCUGCCGUUCUUCAACGAUAGGCCUUGGAGGCCUGGAACCGCUAACGAGGCGAACGAGUGCAUCGGUAAGCUUGCAACUGCUCCCAACUGUCCAAUCGUUGCUUCUUUGAUCAAGACUUAUUUGAAAGAAGUGGUCAUGGAGGACACUGGAGUGCACUGCGAAAACUGCGCUUCCAAUCACUGGCGGCGUCCUGGUGACAACUAUUGCGUGAGCUGCGGUUGUAAUGAGGUUGGGUCACUAUCGCUGCAAUGUGAUAACACGGGUCAGUGUCAUUGCAAACCAGGUGUUGCUGGGCGGUAUUGUGAUCAGUGUAUGGAUGGAUUUUUCGAGUUCGGCCCCAACGGUUGCAAGUGA